AUGGAAAGAGUCGAUGAAACGGAUAUUUCGGAAAUGAAGGAUGCGAUGCUACAAGAAUUCAAUUAUCUUACACUUGAAAUAAAAUCUAAACUUAUUUUUGGUGAUUUUGCUGAAAAGUUUGGAGAGCCUCUCGUAAUCGACGGUGAAGAAAAUUGGUACUUCCGGAGUCCGGACAAAAAGAUUUUGAAGCUGAAUAUCUCGGAGGAUACCGUCAUGUUUCACUAUCAUGACCUGUCGAGCGUUCCGAAGAACGCGGUGAUAAUUGAAUAUACAAAGAAAUAA